GUCAAAUGCUUAAACUACGUAAAGCCACACACGGAACGUUAGCAAAACGACGGUGUCACAAUAUUAUUGUCCCGAUCCAAUGUACUCGUGAAGUUAGCUGGAGUUAGUUAGCUAGGUGAGCUCGCGCUAAACACUCAGGAUGCAUUUAACUCAGGAUCUGGAGCUUUUUCCAGAACACUCAGUAACUCAGCUGCUCUUCAGAGAUGUCAAAAACUGUGCAGAGCUGAGAAAGAUGGCAGUGGAGGGUCAAAUAGCCGGCGCGCUGAUUAACCCGAGCAUGGUAUUGGAUCCCUUCCAGGCUCUAGUCGCAGCAAAUAAAGCAGUUCAUUUGCAAAAGAUAGGAAAAAUGAAGACGAGGAGCUUAUACUCAGAAAUCAUCUUCAGUCUUUCACCCACCAACAAUAUCUCUGAGGCUUUUAAACGGUUUGGAAUCUCAGACGGUGAUGAUGCAGUCCUCGUCAUCCUGGUUCAUAACAGAGAGGACAAUCUCAACAAGGAUGACAUUGUGUCUAAGGUGGACGGCCAGCAGAUACCAGCUGAUCAGAUGUCCACCCUGUGUGACAUUGCCAAGAUAAAAAAGCUUUACAAAGUCACACCUCAAGAGGAGAAGUGUGGAAGUGUUUUGGACGCUGUUGUCUGCAGAAUGGCCGCUAAGGACGUUGUAUAGCUUAGCUAGCACCUACAGGACAUAACACUUUUAAAAAUAAAGGUGCCCAGAAGGAGUUCUCUGGAGCGGUGCCACAUUUUGGUUAUCUUUAUGGAGCCAAAAAUGAUUCCUCUAUGGCAUCGCUGCAAACGGUCAUUUUUGACACCUUUAUUUGUAAGUUUAGAGCUUAAUUUUACUUAUACAAAAAACUGUUUAUUUAUGUUUGUGUUUAAACAUUUGCCAAAUUGUUUUUUAAUAAAUCUGAUCAGAGUGAA